AUGCAUCCACUCAUAGUAACGGCAGAGCCCCCAAUCCCCAAAGAAAAGAUCCUGGCACAUCUUACAUCUCCGAAAACAGCUAAAAAGGCAGAUGCCCUGCGCACCAUGAUAACCCUUUUAUCACAGAACGCCGACCUUUCAGAAUACACCACGACAGCAAUACGUGAGGUAUGCCAGUGCGGUGACACGCAACUCAAAAAGAUAUUCUAUCUGUUCCUUGAGAUGAUUCCAAAGUGUGACAAGGAUGGCAACAUGUUGGCCGAGAUACUGCUGAUUGCCAAUCAGGUGCGCAAGGACUUGGAACACCCCAACGAGUAUGUGCGUGGCAGAGUGCUGCAUUUUAUGUGUACGUUGAUGUAUGGCGAUAUAAUUGAACUCAUGUUCGGGCCCAUCGUGCACAACCUGGAGCACUUGCAUUAUUACGUGCGUAGGAAUGCGUUGCUGUGCGUAACGAAGAUUUACGAGCAUUUUGGUGCGAGCUUUCCGGAUAUUCCUGAUCGUAUCAGACGGUGCAUGGCGAAGGAGACCAACCCGUACUGUUUGAGACAGUGUUAUGCAUCGCUGAGAGUGUUUGAGAAGGUGACAAGCACUUAUCUGGAGAAGGGCGCGCUGGUGAACGAAAUCGUGCACAUGCCCUUUAAGAAUGUGCCUGAGGAGCUGCUCAGCGUUGUGCUGUGCGAUGCACCUACCGAGGAGUUGCUGUGGAUGUGUAUCAACAGCAACAAGUGCAGGUUUCAGUGUGCGCUGCUGCUCAUGCGCCAUAAAAACUCAGAGGAUCGUGCAGUGCGCAUUAUCUUGGAGAUCAUCCGCUCGGAGCCUUCGCUGAAAGAAAUCGGGCUGCAGUGCAUCAAGGACGUGUACUACACACGCAUACAGGUGAACGAGCUGCUCACGCUGCUCGACAGCAAUGUGAUGCAUAUCGUGUUUGAGCUGGUGUACCGCGUGGCAGACAUGGCCGACUACCCCGUCAUUUCUGAGUUCAUACUCGGCAUGAUCAAGCAAUCGCACGGUGACACGCCCUUCCUCAUCUUUCUGAUCGAGCAGGCGAUUUUUAUCCGCAAGAAUUUUAACGUGCACAACGCCGAACUCAACAGAACGGUUCAGCAGUUCGUGCUCGGUGAUCCUGAGGCAGCAUACGCAGCGAUUAACCUGCUCGAAAGUGACACGCAUUCUCAUCGAUACCUGCUCAGCGUGUUGCACCGUAUAAAGUACGGCCGGAUAUUCAGACGGGUUGUGAGCGCAGUAGCAUCGAACAACGGACUUGCACAUGAGUUCCUGGGAAAGAUCGAUGAGAUGGUCGCCGGUAAUGCGCUCUCAUCGACCGUAUACUUCGGCGUAGCGUGUGCACUUGCACUCUACAAGUUUUUCCGAGAGAGGGCCCUGGACAAGAGGGUUGUAGCAGAUAAGGUGCUUGAAUUGAUCAAGCGGGGAAGGAAGGAGGAGUGUUUUGAUUUCAGCAGUUAUGAAAUCAUGGCGGGCGUUCUCGGUGAUGUACUAAGCGAUAACGGUAAGGAUGAGAAUGCUGGUCGUGCCAGUAGCACGGACAAGGGCAAGGAACGUGCUGAUAACGGCGCGAACAACAACACCGGUCACCACGUAUUAAAAACAGCGAGCAAGCAGAACGUAAACGUGAUCAGAACCACGAACAAGGACGUGCUCGAUGUGCUCACCUUUAAGUUCCUCAAAACAAAACGGGCCGAUGAUACGGACGAACAAAUCAAAGCGUUUCUGUGCCCUAAGAGUGCGGACAGAGAGGAAAAUUCGUGUCAAAUGACGGGCUACUCCGAUCAUUUGUACAUAGAGGCUGCGUUCCGUGUGAGCAGACUGUGCGUGAACAUCGAUUUGCUGGUGGUGAACCAGACCAACAAGGUGAUACAAAACAUUCUGUUCGAUUUUACGACGAGCUGUAACAUUACUCAUAAUUUCACGUGCCUGCCCCUGAGCCUUGGUGCACGCAGCAUCAUCAAAAUGCCGUUCUCGUUCACCAUUAAGGAGGUGUUUAACGGGUUCAUCACAGGAUGCGUGUCGUACACCGUAAAAAAUGUUGGUCAUGUGCUCAACAUGAGCACGCUUAGUUUCAGGGUGAACGAUUUCUUGCAGAGCAGAGUGCUUGAGAAUGAGGAGUUCAAGACACAGUGGCUCGUGCUUGAAUGGGAGAAUACGUAUACGAGCCGGUUCAGGUGCAUGCAUCACGUAGAGCACAUCUUCCGUGCGAUUGCCGAGUGUGUAAAGGCGUAUGUUGUUGACGUAAGAACGGACAGGAGCACCUUCCUGGUUGCCAACCUGGUGUGCACCACAUUUCUUGGUGAGGAUGUUCUGAUCAAUCUGAAGAUCAGGCGCGAUGAGAUGGUCUACCUCGAUUGUAGGAUGAGAAGCACCGAGGAGGCCCUUGUAAAGAGUCUUAGCGUUGUGUUUAGUGAACUGCUGCGCCGUAUGAAGGAGUGAGUAUCAAUAAACGGUUGUUUUAGGUC